AUGAAUUCAAUUGAAAGAAUUUUGCGGCUACAAUCUGAAAAUAAAUUAAGCCAUGAUGAAAAACUAUUAAUAAAAAACGUUGGACCGCCAAGACCCGAUUUGGACAUUGCUGUGUCGUCUAAAGUUAAAGACAAACUCGUGCAUCGAAAAUUUAAUAAGACUAUGUAUCAAAGUGAGUGGUGGUUAUGUGGUUGCAACGCGAAAAACUCCCUUUUCUGUUUUGUAUGUACCCUUAUGAAUAACGGAGCUGUUGAUAAAGCUUGGACUGAAACCGGAAUCACGGAUUUAAAACAUUUGGGGGAAAAAGUGAAAAAGCAUCGCUCGAGUAAAAAACACUUAAAUCUCAACGUAUCGUUCGCAGUGUUAGGUGAAGUAGACAUAAGAAAUCAGUUAAAUAGUGCUUAUAGAGAGAACGUCGAAAAACAAAAUAGAUACAUUUUAAGUAAACUGAUUGACGGUAUAAAAUUUUGUGGAACCUUUGAGUUGGCUUUAAGGGGGCAUGAUGAAACGCAUGAUUCUACAAAUCCGGGAAUUUUCAGAAGUUUAAUUAAUUUAAUGGCAGAGCUUGACACUACAUUAAAAUCUCAUAUAGAAAAAACGAACAAUCGCGUUUUUAUGGGUCUUUCAAAAACCAUACAGAACGAACUACUUGAUUCAAUUUAUGCUGUUUGUAUUAAUUUAAUCAAAGAUGAAAUUUUGGAAGCGGACUAUAUAUCUAUUUUAGCUGAUGAAACUACAGAUGUAGCUUCACAGUCGCAGCUGGUUUUUGUCGUUAGAUAUGAAUUGAAAGGUAAAAUAUUUGAAAGAUUUUUAGGAUUCAUUAAUCCAACAGAUCACACAGCUGAUUGUAUUUCUAGUAUUAUUUUAAAUGAGCUCGAAAAACUUGAAAUCAAUCAAAAUCCAAAAAAACUUAUAUCUCAGUCUUAUGAUGGUGCUUCGGUUAUGAGUGGAAGACAAAAUGGGGUACAAGCAAACAUCAAGAAACAUUACCAUCAAGCUCACUUUAGUCACUGCUAUGCUCACCAGUUGAAUUUAAUUAUAGAAAAGGCGGCAUCAGCACACAGCCAAUUGUCGAACUGCUUACUUAAGCGAUCGAUUCAAGAUACCAUAGAAUAA